AAUCUCCAUUGGUUGAAAGGAAAGUUUUAAUUGAGAUACGAGGAGAUAAUUGUAAAUAAGAAAAGAGUUAGAAUAACAAUAAUUUAUUUAACAAGAUAAUUUAAUAUCAUGUAUAAAAAUGCGAUUCAUUGAUUCGUGUUCCUCUCUCCACACCAUUUCUGACACCUAAUCUCUCCCACCUCCUUCUCCGUUCCGUUCCGUUCCGUUCAACAGUCUCCCCCGUUAAAGGUAAAAUUAAACAAUAACCACCACUCGGUUAUCGUCUUUCCGGUUUACUCAUCGCCUGAUUUACGAUUCUCUGAUUUGAUCCGAUCGGUCAAAGAUUAGAUCAAACCGAACCAAUAGUCGCUGAGACCUGACCGGCGAUUAAUGAACUCCACGUCGAAUCAGUUACUUCAGCCGACGACGAGCCCUACCUCCGACCUCUCUCGCCGGAAACGGAAGACAAAAUCGCCGCCGCUGGUACCUCCCUCUCCAUCGACGAAAUGGAGAUCGGAGAAGCAGCAACAGAUCUACACCAAGAAGCUUGCACGUGCCCUAACAAAGCUUCGAAUCGCUCAACCAUCCUCCUCACACUCUUCGCCUCCUCACGGCGGCAGAGCCGUCCGCGAAGUCGCCGACAGAGCCUUGGCGGUUACGGCAAGAGGCAAAACACGGUGGAGCCGAGCGAUACUAUCCAAAGCCGUUAAACUCAAACUCAGGAAACACAAACGUCAGAGAAUCUAUAAUUCGGUUACGUCUCCGGCAAUCACCACCGGGAGUCUCCGGUCAAAGACACAGACAGCGACGGUUACGAGGGUUAAAGCUAAAGGUAUGCCGUCUGUACAGAGGAAGGUGAGAGUGCUGAGCCGGUUAGUUCCGGGUUGCCGUAAACAGACGUUACCGGUGGUUUUGGAAGAAACGACGGAUUAUAUAGCUGCCAUGCAGUGCCGGCUCUUGACGUGUGCGGGAGCCGGGCCUGCUGCCAUGGAGAUGCAGAUUCGCGCCAUGACGGCUAUUCUCUCCGCCGUCAGCUCUCCGACAGGUCAUGAAGGGGGACAAACACAUGUGCUUGGUUAGUUGGGCCAAACUGUCUUUCUUUUUUCUUAUAUAAUUUUUUUUAAAAAAAACUGUUUCUCGUUAUUCUUCACUGUAUUGCUUUCUGUUUGAAUAUUUUACAAAUCUAUGUCGUCAUGUAUAUCCUUUUUCUUGACUUCUAUUGCAAAGACUAGUGCCACACGAAAGGAGGAAAGUGAUUGAGCUCUGUAAUAAAUUUCAGUUUCUUGAUAA